AAAAGAAAGGAAAAAAAAUAAAAAAUGUAUAUAUAUAUAUAAUGAUUUAAUAUUAUAUAUUUGUUAAAAGCAUAAUCCAUCACAUUCGUCUCCCUUAGCUUCCUUCUUACGCCAUGGACUACCCUGGAAACCCUAGCCCUAGUUACAAUUACAGUAACUUCGCCGAGAACUUCGAGCCCUUUGAGUUUGAAUUAUCAGAUUAUCUCGUGCCUGGAGAUGGGACUUGGGACAACCUCGGGGUGGAGAAUAUGGCGACCUCGUCCUCAUCGGAGAAAGUCGAAGACAACCCAAAUGGGUUUGUUCAUGCGGCUGAGGAAGACUACUCCAAUGAUAACAUAAAGCAUGUAAAGGGGUUGAAGGAAAAGAAGAUAGAACGUGGGAGUAAGGUUGCAUUCAGAACAAAAUCGGAACUGGAGAUAAUGGACGAUGGAUAUAAAUGGAGAAAAUAUGGGAAGAAAUCGGUCAAGAACAGCCCAAAUCCAAGGAACUAUUACAAGUGUUCAAGUGGGGGUUGCCUGGUAAAGAAGAGGGUGGAGAGGGACCGAGAAGACGCCAGCUAUGUCAUCACUACUUAUGAAGGAGUCCACAACCAUCACAGCCCUUCUUCAACUUCUUCUUCUAAUCUCAACUCUCUCCUCUACUACGCCACCUCCACUGAGCCCCAAGCUGCUGCUUAUUCCAAUAACUAUUCCCACUCCUCUCCAUCCUCAUAGAAAGAGCAUACAUAUACAUGCAAAUUAUUAUUCGUUUCGGCUAAACCUAUAAUCAUAUUCCAGAUAGUCGAUUUGUAUGGAUCAGGGCUGCGGUGACUAUAUCAUGCGCCCAUGGAGUACCCGUGUAUAGUGAUUUACAUACUGUCUGGAACAAGGCCUGCUCAUGCCACAUGAUCUUUGAUAGAAUCAUUACUUUAAGAAGCUUAAUUUGUUUCUCCAUUCCAUCGCGUUAUAAUAGAUCCGAGGUAACUUUUAUUGAAAUA